AUUGCUCCUCAAACUGAUAUUCCGUUUAGGUUUACUAAAUAUUUCGCUGCCAUUCUCAAUGCUCAGGACGCUCCGGCAUCUUUUUUCUUCGUGCCAACGCCCUCGUCGCCAAUUUCUAGAGAUAUGGAAUCCUCUGGGACACUUAUGUACAGCAUCGGCCAUGGAGAAACGAGGAUCGCUGGAGCUGGAAGAGGUGCAAAAGGUCCUCUGCGACGUCAAGGCAGACGAUGUGAGGGUGAUACACGUGGGCGACCAAUGCGACUGGACUGAUCACAUAGUCAUCGCCACCGGUAGAUCCACCUGGCACGUCAAGAACAUCGCUCAAGCUCUUCUCCACAAGGCAAAGCAGAAACAAAAGGGUGCUGACCAUAUGAUGCUUCCAGCUGUGGAAGGCCAUGUAGGGGGGAAGUGGGUUGUGAUUGAUUCUGGUACUGUGAUUGUUCAUGCUUUAGAUGAGAAGGCUAGAGAAUACUAUGACUUGGAAAGCCAUUUAUCAAAAGAAAGAACCACUAAAGGAUCUAUCCAGGUGCAAUACCUGCUGCAAGGUCGCUGUUUUCCUGCUGGGACAGAAAUUUUCUCACUGGUUUUGGGCUAAUUUCGACUAGGAUUUAGAAAAAGCCUUUGUGAAGGUUCGUCCUAUAAACAAUUCAAAGAAGAAACAAGCAAAAGUUGUUUAGUGAUCGGAUGAUUUUCUGUAUGUGGAUAUCGCAAGCUUACUAUCUGUAGGAAUGAUCGCUAUUGCUGUUCAUAAAGUUCUGGUCAAUGCCUUACUGUGCUAAUGUAAUGAUUUGAACUUGCAACUUAAAGUUUUUAUGCAGGCUAUUUAUAUAGUUGCAUAGGUUGAUGGGCUAAUCCUUCAAUAACGUAUCAUUUUAUGAGGAAAAAGAGUGAGAAUGGAUAAUAGGUCAUAGGUCAUAGGGAGUAAUAGUUAAUUUGUAAUUGUAAGGAAUUAUUUGAGUUAGUACUUCAUGUAAGAGUUGAUCAUGUUAUGGUCAAUAGGAUUAAUGUUAGAGCUGUUAUAUUAGUAUUUUGUUAGAGUGA